GCGCAGAGCACACGCUGGUGGUGAAGCACCUUAGCGGGCAGGCGGCGGAAAUAGCCGAAGCGGCGGGGCGCCCGAGGCCGUUGCCGACCUCCGCGCCGAAACCCGCUGCUGCCGCGGGGAGGAGAGGCGCCUUUAAGGUCACGUCCGCCGCCAUCGUGCCCUGCCGCUUCCUCCUUCUAUCUUGAGCCGCAGCCCCUUGCGGAGGGAACGAGUGAGCUAGCGACGAGGGAGCUCAGCCUCCGCAGCUGCAGCUAGGCCUAAAAAGACUUGAGCGGGCUAGGGGUAGGAAGGGAGCGGCCGGGCGGAAGGCGGGGCCGCGCGCGGCCCGAGGACAGCCGAAUCGGCCCGAGCACUGACGAGCGCCGCCGAGCGCGUCCGAGGAGCAGGGCCAGGCCGGAGGCCGAACUACGGGAGCCGAGGCGGGCCGCGCGGUGGGCGCGGAGCAGCGAGGCGGGCCGGGCGGGCGGCGGCAGCGGCGGAGGAGGCCGCGGCGCCGGGUCCGAGGAGCGGCGGCAGCGCGGGUGGGCGGCGGGGGGGCCGGGUGUUGACCGGGGUCCCGGGCCCCGCGGCGGCGGCAGAGGCGGCGGCGGCAGGAUGAUCAAGCUGUUCUCGCUGAAGCAGCAGAAGAAGGAGGAGGAGUUCGGCCGGCGGCACCAAGGGCAAGCAGCAAGAAGGCAUUCUGCGGCGCAGCUGCGAAUUCAGAAGGACAUAAACGAGCUGAACCUGCCCAAAACGUGUGAUAUCAGCUUCUCAGACCCAGACGACCUCCUCAACUUCAAGCUGGUCAUCUGUCCCGAUGAGGGCUUCUACAAAAGCGGGAAGUUUGUAAUUCAGUUUUUAAGGUGAGUGGGCCAGGGUUACCCACAUGAUCCCCCCCCCAAGGUGAAGUGUGAGACAAUGGUCUAUCACCCCAACAUCGAUCUCGAGGGCAAUGUCUGCCUCAACAUCCUCAGAGAGGACUGGAAGCCAGUCCUUACGAUAAACUCCAUAAUUUAUGGCCUGCAGUAUCUCUUCUUGGAGCCCAACCCUGAGGACCCCCUGAAUAAGGAGGCUGCCGAGGUCCUGCAGAACAACCGGCGGCUUUUUGAGCAGAACGUUCAGCGCUCCAUGCGGGGCGGCUACAUUGGCUCCACCUACUUCGAGCGCUGCCUGAAAUAGGGUCAGCGCUAGUCCUGCUCCGCCAAGGCCACCAGCCUUGGCGUCCCCUGCAAAUAUUUAUUGGGGGCCAUGGGUUGGGGGUGGAGGGCAGCCAGUAGUCCCCCUGCCCUGGCCUCGCCUCCCCUCCCUGCCACCCCAUCCUCCGUUAUUUUUUUUUAACCACCAUGUGAUUAAGGUCGGCGCUGCCUCCCCCGACCCGCUCAGCGAUGGGAAAUGAAUUGGCUUGUCUAGCCCCCAAGCUGGGUGCUAUCCAGCCACCCACUCUGGGCUCCUGGGAGGGUGGGUGAGGGGCCUGGGUAGCCGGGGCUUGGCACCCCACCCCUCCGCCACUGGAGGUCGUACCAGGCUAUUAAAGAGGAAUGUUACUGCA